AUGGCUGUUACAGAGAUGGCAGUGAGCAUCGGCACGGGAGCCAUUAACUCUGUCAUCAGCAAGCUAAAUGACCUGCUCGGCGACGAGGUCAGCAGCCUGGUCGGGACAGCCCUGCUCGGCAAGAAAGUCAAGCUUGGCAUCCAGUACCUGAGAAACGAGCUGAGCAGCAUGAAAGCCGUGCUGCUCAGGCUCUCCGACGUGGAGGAGCACAUGGACCCGCAGACCAGGGAGUGGAGGGACAGGGUGCGGGACAUGUCGUUCGAGAUCGAGGACUACAUUGACCGCUUCAUGCAGCGCCGCCGCGGCCAUGGAGGCUCCCAGUCCCAGGGGGGUGACGGCCUCGUGAGCAAGGCCGUGAGGAAGAUCAAGAGUGUGUGGGAUGACUUCCAGACCGGGAAGGAGAUCGAUGAGCUCAAAGCCAUGGUCGUCGAGGAGAGUGAGCGGCGCAAUCGGUACAACAUUGACCAGUGCCUCCCGCCGCCUCCACCCCAUGUUCCCUUGGACCAAGCAGGGCUACGCACGCAGUACGAGGCGGUGCGAAAUCCGGUGGGCAUUGACGGCCCCCAGGAGAAAAUAUUUGGGUGGCUGAUGGAGCAAGACGCGAAACCAAACGUGGUGGCCAUCUUUGGGAUUGGAGGCUCCGGCAAGACCACUCUGGCCUUGGAGGUGUACAACAAGAUCCAAGAACAGUUUGAUUGCCGGGCUUUCGUCUCUGUUUCUCGAACUCCCGACAUCAAGAGGCUUUUAAAACAUAUCCUCUUUCAAGUCAAUGAAGAAGAGUACAACAACUCAGAAAUGUGGGAUCUGGAGCAGCUGAUACUCAAGCUCAGGGAACACUUGAAAGACAAGAGGUACCUGAUUGUUGUUGAUGAUAUUUGGAGCACAUCGGCUUGGCAACAUGUGAAAUUUGCCUUACCUAUUGAUAAUAACAAGCGAAGUAGAAUAAUUGCUACAACACGUAGUAAGAAUGUGGCAACGUCAUGCUGUGCUGACAUGGACGGGCAUAUGUAUGAAGCAAAGCUUCUAACUGUUGAUGAUUCCCGCAGUUUAUUCUUUGGAAGAAUCUUUCCUUCUGGGGAAUGUUGUCCCCAAGAAUUGCGGGAAGUAGCAGAUGAAAUUUUGAAGAAAUGUGGUGGUUUGCCAUUGGCCAUAAUCAGUAUAGGAAGUUUAUUAGCCAGCAAAAGUAGAACAGUCGAAGUCUGGUCGAAAAUACGGAAGUCUGUUUCUUCUGCAGUCGAGAAAGAUUGUCCACUUGACCAAAUGAAGAGAAUAUUGCUGCUUAGUUAUCUUGACCUUCCACACCAUUUAAAGGCUUGUUUUUUAUAUCUGAGUGUCUUCCCGGAGGGUUACUACAUUGACAGCAGAUUUUUGAUAUGGAAUUGGAUGGCUGAAGGCUUAAUCGGUGGGGAAAACAGAGGAGAUAUGGAGAGGCUUGGAGAAAGCUAUUUGAAUGAGCUUAUCAAUAGAAGCAUGAUUCAAGCAAGAAAGAUUGGGGCAGAUGGCACAAGAGUGAAAAUCUGCGGAGUCCAUGAUAUUGUAUUGGAUUUUAUUACAUCUCAAGCUGCGGAAGACAAAUUUGUCACUGUGUUGAUGGAUGGUAAAUACCCUUCAUGGAAGAUUCGCUGGUUAUCCCUCCACUUGAACUCUUCUGAAGCUGCAGAUUUGCCAAUAAAGGAUGCAUCGCAUCUUCGGUCACUUAAUAUAUUUGGACCUAGAGGUAAGCAACUGCCUCAAAAUUGUGAAGCUUUGCGAGUGCUGAAUAUAGAAGGCGUUGUGAAAUCUAAGAACUGUCACAUUGAACACAUUGGAAGUUUCUAUCAACUGAAGUACCUGAGGAUCAUUGGUUACCAGAUCACAAGUCCCGACACAACCAUAACCGAGCUUCCGGAACAAAUUGGCAAUCUGCAACAUCUAGAGGUAUUAGAUCUUAGAGGUUAUAGAAUUCUGAAACUACCAGCAACUAUUGUUCAAUUAAAGAAACUAGUGUGCCUUUUCCUGGAUGAAAUUUUUACUCCGCUGCCUGAUGGAAUUGGGAAUCUGCAAUGCCUGGAGGAGCUAUCAGGGAUCAAUCUCUGUAAUGCAUCUGUAAGGUCUGUUCAAGGGCUCGGGGAGCUGACCAAACUAAGGGCGCUGAAGAUUAAAUGGAUUUUAGGUUUUGAUAGGGUUCUCGAUGAGGAAGAUCACAUGAGAGUGUGUGCCUCAACUCUGUCCAAGCUCGUUGCAAACAGCCUCCGUUCGCUGCACUUCACUGGGAUCAAAAGCUCUGAUUUCUUAAAUUCGUGGGUGUUUCCGAGUGGCUCCUCUCCUCCACCUCUCCGGAGGCUCUUCCUGGAGGGGGUUGGAAAUUUUGAUUUCCCCUCUGUACCAAGGCAGAUCAGAUCCCUCAUCAACCUCACCCGCCUUAGCAUCAGGUACGUUCGUGAAAUGGGAGAGGAAAGUGUCAAUAUCCUCGCCAGUCUACCCAUGCUGCUCUCUCUUACAAUUCUGCUGCUCUAUACCCAACGCCAGAGUUGUGUCAUCAGCAGCCAAGGAUUCCAGCGUUUAGUGAAGCUGAACUUCCACGGCGAGACGUGCUUGAUGUUCGAGCCGGGAGCCAUGCCAAAGCUCCAGAGGUUGAAACUGGUUGUGUUCCGAUGGCCUGAGCAGUACAACCCUGGAUUGCUCCACCUCUCAAGCCUCAAGCAUGUCAGUAUCUGGAACUGGAGGCGGGAUCGUGGUGUGGAGGAUUUGAUGGAUGAAAUCAGAAGCGUCCAUCCCAACCAUCCAAUACUGGACAGGAGGGUCUGA